UUCUUGUUUUUCAUUUCUUAUUGUCUUGCUUUCUCAAUUAAAGAGGAAAUCUCCCCUUCCCCCCCCCCCCCCCCCCCCCCGGGGCUCUUGGUGGAUCCUUUAUUUUGUUUUUGGAAAUGCCCUGAUCGAAAAUUCAAUUGACUAACGGUACCUCCAACAUUGUGAUCCAUAUGCAUCCCUAUGAACUUUAACAAUUUUGAUCGUUGGAUUUUAUAGAUGAGGUGGCAUGCAUACAGUAGUCUUUGAUUCCUCAAGUAUACAUGGAUAAGUGUUCUUAUGUGGACAAAUUCCAGUCACCUAGGUUCCUACACUUGUGAUCAUUAGUGUAUUCCAGUGUUUAAUGCAAAACUACAGCUCACUUCAAGGGGAUUUUCUUUUUGAUAGUGUUUGUGGUACUUUGUUUUAUCUUUGGGCUUCUCUGAUUCAGUCCUAGAUUUAGCCUCAUUUUUAUCCUUCAUUUUUCUCCUCUUUUAUCUCCACAUUGCUCAAGUAUCAACAUUUCAUGCUUUGUGGGCAUGGCGGUGAAACAAUUAUUCCCUUUAGUGCUUCUCUAGAGAGGAAUCUUUCUGAUAUGCAGGCAGAUGAAGCUACAAUGUACUGUGAAGAGAACACGGUACAGAGUGCCCUCUCCAAAAUCAUAAAGACUGGAAUUUCAGCUCUUAAUCUCACUUAUUUCUGCACAGCAGGGCCAGAUGGGGUUAAAUGCUGGCAAAUCCGAAGGCAGACAAAGGCUCUUCAAGCUGCUGGAACAAUUAACACUGAUCCUGAGAUAGGGUUUAUCUGUGCUGAGGUGAUGAAAUUUGAAGAUCUAAAGGAACUGGGUAAUGGGGCAGCUGUGAAGGUAUUAUUAUUCAGUCAUCUGUGACAUUAUAAUGAUUCAUUACACCAGUUUAUGAAUGGAACUUUUAUACAGGUUAAAACAGUGAACCAAAUCUUUAACAAAAUUUCUCCACAACAAACAUAGUGGGAAAGAUUAAACUUCAUUUCAUGUACAAGUGGGAGCACAAGUUACAUGCAUACAUUUUUUUUCUAUAUAAUUGUGCCUCCAACUUAUCUUUACGUUUAAAUUUAAAGGAAACCUUGUAGAUUUCCAUAUUUAGCUUUAUACACUCCUCGCCUCUAGGCAUGAGUGUCGAGACUUCCAAUUUUACUUCGUGUACUGUAUAAAUUUCAUAUCUGAGAUGUUUCUAUAUAGUUGACUUAUUUCUCGUGUUUA